AUGAAGAAGAAGAAGAAGGAGAAGGAGAAGAAGAAGAAGGAGAUGAAGGAGAUGAAGAAGAAGAAGAAGGAGAAGGAGAAGAAGGAGAAGGAGAAGAAGAAGAAGAAGAAGAAGGAGAAGAAGGAGAAGGAGAUGAAGAAGAAGAAGAAGGAGAAGGAGAAGAAGAAGAAGGAGAUGAAGGAGAUGAAGAAGAAGAAGAAGGAGAAGAAGAAGAAGGAGAUGAAGGAGAAGGAGAUCAGGUGGUUAGAAAAGUGUAUACAGUCGCAUGAAGAAGAAGAAGAAGAAGAAGAAGAAGAAAUAGAAGAAGAAGAAGGAGAAGGAGAAGAAGGAGAAGAAGAAGGAGAAGAUGGAGAAGGAGAAGAAGAAGAUGGAGAAGGAGAAGAAGGAGAUGAAGAAGAAGAAGAAGGAGAAGAAGAAGACAUAGAAGAAGGAGAAGAAGAAGGAGAAGAAGAAGAAGAAGAAAUAGAAGAAGGAGAAGGAGAAGAAGGAGAAGAAGAAGGAGAAGAUGGAGAAGGAGAAGAAGAAGGAGAUGAAGAAGAAGAAGGAGAAGAAGAAGACAUAGAAGAAGGAGAAAAAGAAGGAGAAGAAGAAAUAGAGGAAGAAGAAGGAGAAGGAAAAGGAGAAUAA